CCGGCCGCGCUGCCUUCCGGGGCUCGGCACGGCGGCGGCCGGAGCCGGGCAGGAUGCGCUCCGCUGUCCCGCUGCUGCUCCUCUCGGCCUGCGUGUUCCUGCCGGCGCUGCUGCCGGCCGUGCCGGGCGCCCACGGCAGCCAGGAGCCGGCGGCAAGCUCGGCAGCCGUGAACGGCAGCCGCCUGCCCGCCGAGCCGGCCGGCGCGCCCGGUAACCACAGCGGGGCCCAGCUCAGCCCCGUGCCCGCGCUGCUCCGCGACCUCUCCGGGCUGAAGGCCGCCGUCAUCGGGGCCUGCACCCUCACGGCCGCACUCAUCGCCUGCCUUCUGCUCCGCGUAUUCAGGUCUGGCAAGAGGAUUAAGAAGACCAGGAAGUACGACAUAAUCACCACCCCAGCCGAGCGGGUGGAAAUGGCUCCUCUGAACGAAGAAGAUGAUGAGGACGAGGACUCAACAGUGUUUGAUGUGAAAUACAGGUAAAGCAGCUCUAUGGAGCAUCAGUGCCCUGCAAGAUGUCGCUCUGCUGUCGAGGGACCUGCUGAAGCCGUAACUGUGAAAGGGGAGGCUUUCAUCUCUGCAGUGUUACAGCCAAACCAAGCCUCACCUCUUCAAGAUGCUGUUUGUACAGCAGGCUAUGGAUCUCCUGACCAAAAUGUCACCUUUCAGUUCCCUGGCUUCCAAACUGCUCUCUUGGCAUGACCAGAGUUCCUCUUUGCAAACUCAGCUCUCCCUUCCUUCAGUGUCACCAAAGCACACCAAGAUGCAGCCCUUUGUGCUGACUUGAGGAUUCAUUCCAGUCUAAGUUGUGCAAAAGGAAAGAAAGGAAGAUGGAACCAAGCUGCCCCAAGGACUUCUUUUCUAACAUCCUAAUUCAAUCCCUCAGUCACUGUUAAACUUUGGUCCUUGUUAAACAGAUCAUGUAUAAGAGAAAAAAAACAAGGUGUAGGGUUUUGGGGCCUUAGAGGUGACUUAAUGACUUUAGGCAGUGGAAAUGUAAGCCCUGAUUUAUUGGGGAAGGUUAACACAUGUAGAAAAAUUGUACUGACUUGCUACUGAAUUAUUUCUCUUCUGUUUUUCUGUUUCUUUUAAACAAUUGCACUAAGUUUUCGUGAUGACUUUGUUCCCUUUCGUGAUGACUUUGUUCCCUUUCGUGAUGACUUUGUUCCCUUUCGUGAUGACUUUGUUCCCUUUCGUGAUGACUUUGUUCCAAGGAGCUCUGAUCAGACCAACGUUAAUAAAUGAAACCACAGGGAGCUAGGAUGAACCAGGCAUGCCCUAAACUACAACAAUCUUGGACUAAAGAAGCUAUAUUUUUGUAACUUUCUGCCCAGGGACUAAACCCAAUGUUUUGUACUGUCCUGUGCUGACUGUAACUUCUCUACAAUUAAUCUGUAUUGCUUUUGUUUUUUUAACCCCUAAGCAAAAUAAGUUCUCCUAGGGAAUGAAUAGAUUGCAGGAAGAACUCCUCUUAUUUUUCAUGCAAGUUUCAUGUAAGUGAUCUCAAUCUGUAUCAAACUGGAAGUUUUUCCUUACCACCUGCUUGACAAAUCUCGUUUAACUCAAGGAUGCAUUUUUAACCCUCGCUCCCAGCUGUGCUUUGUGCUGCAAAGGUCAGAGCUGUGGGAUGACACGAUGAGAAUUAGAUUGCUGCAUCUGGAGGGAUUGGGUUUAGGAGACCACAAGUAUGUAGACUUUCCAGGCCGUGGUUGCAAAGGGCAAACCUAACUGGGUUAGUUUCUUUCCUUUUGUGGUUUGCCUUUCAAGUAACCACAGAUGCAGUUUAGACUUUACUGUGCCCCUUAGCACCUUUCAUGUUGGGUUUUUAAACUGGCUGUCACCUUGCUUUCCUUGGGGAAUGUCUGCUUUCCAAUUGGGAUUAUCCCACUGUUUGCUUAACCCUCUAGUAGCCUCCUGCAUUUAUAGCCUCUUAAGGAGGCUGCAGAGUUUCUGGCAAAGCACCAGCACACUGCAGCAGGCUGCCAGGUUUGAGGGGGGGUUUAUUUUUGAGGGCCUGCUGGGAUUUGAGGCUUGCUGAGAAUACUGUACUGCUCUGUCAUGAUACCACUGUCUACAGUGGUUCUGCACAGCUCCCUUGGGCCCUGCAGUCAGGAAAAGGAGGUGAAGGGUAACACUCUUUUUUUCUUGUUCCAUCCCAGCAGCCUUCUGCUUUUGUCAGAGAAGCUCCCAUCACACAUCUGCUUUCUCUAGCCAUGACUCAGCAAAGGCUUUGCAAACAACCCACUCAGCCUGGGUGGAAAAAUCCCACAGCAGGCUUGUGUUAGUCAUCAAGGCAAUAUAAAAGUGCUGUGUUACUCUCAUUCAUGGAAUGAGUUUGAGUCAUUCCAGAUUACUGUUACUAAGCAAUAUCGAAGGUGUCAGCUGUGAGGUGAGGAUGGGGGUGAGCAGGUUGUGCUCUGGUAGGCAGGAAUGGUGGGGACCAGGAGGUUGUACACUGUGGGUCGAGAUGGAGAUCCAGGGCUCUUUCCCUGUCUGGAUAAAACAGCUUUCAGACUCGAGCUGGGUGGUUCUGAGGGACACUCUGUGUCUCUUCACAGCUCAAGAACUUUGAAGACAGGAAUGAAACUUCUUAGGCAGACUAAGUCUUUUUGAAGUCAGAGAAGUAACAAUGCUGAGAGGAGAAAGAGGUUAAAGGCUUCUGUGUUAUUAGGAGGAGGCAGUGGAGUGAGAUGGCUGCCCUGUCUGAGUGGACACCAUGGCAACAUCUUUGUCCAGUCUUUGCCAAACUCAUUAAUCUGAGCAUCAGGAGUGGUGGAGAGGGAGUGGAACCUUUUUGCACAGAAGACAGGUGAGACCAAGUAACAUGGGAAAGAGAUGAGGAGGUGCACACAGGACUUCUCUUCCAGGGCGAGUCAGUUCUUGACAUGAGGAGUUUUGCUAACAACUUCAGGUCGCUUGCUGGGUUUGGCUGGCUGCUGCCUCAAAAAUCCCACUGUUCCUGCAGCAUGGCUGGAUCUCAGUGGGACACAGAGACCAGAUGUUUAAGAUGCUGAAGACAGAGGUGCUCAACUACCACUGGGAUGCUCUUGCUCCUCGGGAAGGUCCCAAACCACGUGCCGCAAGCUGAAAAGUGCUUAGAGGGAAGCAGCAGCUGCUCAGUGGAAAUAAAAGGCCAACCUCAGCAGUUGCUCUUGGCCAUGAAAACGAUCUGAAGGCUUUGUUGGAUACUCAAAAUUGCUGUUGCAAAAUGUGAGGCAAUGUUUACCUCUACAAGAGUUGCUGUAUGUGAGUUAAAGUCUCUGGUUAAAUAUUCUAUAGCUCUAUUUAGUUAAGAUUUUAAGAGCACUUGAUGUGACUCGUCUAUAUAUAUAUGAAUAUUUUUGUAAUGCUAGGAAUGAGUUUAAAACAUCGUUAUAAUACUUUGAACUCUUUGGUUCAGGUAGUUCUAGGAGUUCAUUGGGAGAAGAAAUAGCUCUUAACCACUACAUGAGUGUUUUUACCUUAAUGUUCUGUGUAUCUUACACUGCAGAUUUAAUCUGGUUGUGACUGUGUCUUAGGAUCUGCUGCUAUUUUCUGUUGCGUAGUCGAACUUGCUUUGUUCAAGAGCGUUUUUAAAGGCCUAUUUUAUUGGGGUUGCAGGAAAUGAAAAGAGAAACAUUAUUACAGAUGUCUGCCUGUAGCUCACUCAGUGCUUAGGAAAAAAAAAAAACACAACCCUACUGACUAGCAGCAGAGUCAGAGCAAGCAAAUUGGAGGCUUUCCUAUUUGUGCAUGCUGUGCUGUGGAGGAAAAACGCCGCGCAGAAUCGCGGCUGCUUUAUUCCAACCCCAGCCCUGCCACUGGAGAUUACAUUUGAGAAGCCAGAAAUUGGUGUGCUGUGCUUGCCUGCAGAAUUCAGUCAGAAGUACAGAGUGAGCUUUGUAUUUGGGGUUGGUUUUCUUGGGGUUUUGCCUUUUCCCCCACUCCGCCCCAUAGAAGAUGUGGCGAUAGCUGCAGACGCUUUGUUUAGCACACUAACUUGUGCUACCCUAAUGCUUAUUUUAAGCCCAGACUAGACCUCUGCAACCACUGGUGAAGCUUGAACACAUAAGCACUUAAUGCAUUCAGAUGUUUUGUCCAUACCCAUUCCCUCUACGUGGUAGAAUCUCUGCAGGGUGAUAGGCUGAGAGGUUCAUUUCCUUUCUGUUAGCUGAGUGUUCAUGUGCGAGGAGUUAGCAGGCCUGUGUGUUUUGUUCUGUACAACUGCUUGAACUUUAUUUUUAGAGAGGUUUGAGGAUUUGUCAUUGUGACCAAAGCUUCCUUUGAAGAAAACAUUGGUAAGCCAACUUUGAAUGGACUUCUGAUGUUUCAAUAGAAACUGCCAUCAUUAAACACCUUCUUGAAACCCUC